AUGAUCGAAAACCCGGGGUUCAAUAACGGCUUUGCCUUCUACCUAUUAUUAGGAACGGGCAGUAUCGACCCCCGCUGCCAGUCGGAGAACCGCACGGCUCCCGCUCGGAAGGUCAGUUGUCCCGUUCCGCCUCGCCUGCCCCGCGUCCAAUGGUCGGAAGCCGCGCGGGAGGGCGGUAGGGCGGUAAAGGCGUUACUACAACCUUUUCAAGCAGAAGCAGAAAUAAAAAAUGCCUUUGACUUAUUGAUCGAUUGGAUAGUCUGUCCCAACUGCAGCAAUGCGCUGACCAUCUCGCGAGGGGAAGCGACGUCGAGACACCCUCUCGGAGCUAACCGAUUCGAAUGCCGCACCUGCCCUUAUCAAUACGUUCUCGAACAGAGCUGGUAUGAGAAAACGCCCAUGAAGCAGAAAGAAGUGGAGGAUGUCUUCGGAGGCAAGGAGGAGUUUGCAAAUGCAGAUAGCAUAGGCACGCAAUGCCCCGCAGAAAACUGCAAUGGCGACCGUGCAUACUUUUUCCAGCUGCAGAUUCGAAGUGCCGAUGAACCUAUGACUACAUUCUUGAAGGUGGGUGCUUCCUACAGUCUAGCUCAUGCGGGUAGGCUUUGCAUUGACCGCAUGUACUGA